AUGUUAGAAGAUUUAAGCACAAAUAGAGCACCAUUUUUCAAUGGAGUAGAGUUUCCUUAUUGGAGAAUUAGGAUGGAAACUUAUCUUCAAUCUAUUGAUUAUGAUUUGUGGCAUAUAGUGUCUAAUGGUCCUUACAUUCCUAAACAUGUCAUUAAUGGUGUAGAAGUUAUUAAUACAUAUGAGGCAUAUGAUGAGGAAGACAAGAAAAUGCUUUCUAAGAAUGCUAGAGCUAAAUAUGCACUUAUAUGUGGUUUGGAUAGAGAUGUGUUCAAAAAUAUUGAACAAGCUUCUACCGCUUAUGAUAUGUGGAAAAUGCUUGAAGUCACUCAUCAAGGAACAAAUGCUAUGAAGGAAACUAAAAUUCAAAUUUAUUCCACUCAAUAUGAGAACUUUAAGAUGAAAGCGGAUGAAACUAUUGCUAACAUGUAUACUCGUUUCACUACUAUCACUAAUGGUUUGAAUUCUCUUGGCAAGGUACUUUCACAAAAGGAGAUGGUGACCAAGAUUUUGAGAAGUCUCACCAAAGCCUAUCAAGGAAAAGUGAUUGCCAUUCAAGAAGCCAAGGAUCUCUCAACACUUCCCUUGGAAGAACUAAUUGGUUCACUCAUGAACCAUGAAAUUUUCAUGAGUGCACAAGAUGAAGAGGAAGUUGAGAAGAAAAAGAAGACUAUUGCAUUCAAGUCUUCCUCCUCCCGUGCCAUUAGUGAAGAUGAUGAAGAUAGCCUAUGUAGUGACAUGGAGGACUUGGCACUCUUCUCAAAGAAAUACAAAAAGUUCAUGAAAUUCAAGAAGAACUUUGGGAAGAAGCCACAAAGAGGAAGUGACUCAAAAGAAAAAGAAAGAAAGAGCAAAGAUGAGAAUCAACAAGGAAGAGCAAAAGCUUGUGGUUCUUGGAUAGUGGUUGUUCAAAGCAUAUGA